AACAUGGCAAGCCGAAAAGGUUCGCAGCAAAGCCGGGGAGAUGGUGAUAAAUACUCGGUGUUGUUGCCCACUUACAAUGAACGAGAGAAUCUACCGCUUAUUGUGUGGCUAUUGGUAAAAUACUUCGGUGAAAGCUGUUUUACCUCUGCGGUCUUCAUAACAACAAAAGGCAGUUGUGGAUGGGCCAAGCAAUGAUUGGAUACGAGUACGAGAUUAUUGUCAUUGAUGAUGGAAGUCCAGAUGGGACACUUGAGGUGGCAGAACAACUGCAGAAGAUAUACGGAGAGGACAAGAUACUCCUUCGACCAAGAGCAAAGAAACUAGGGUUAGGAACUGCCUACAUCCAUGGCAUUAAACAUGCCAGAGGGAACUAUGUCUUCAUAAUGGAUGCAGACCUCUCCCAUCAUGUGAGUGGAUCUCCUGUAUCUCUGGACAACACAGUAUCAGAGAAGCAGCCUAAAUUUAUUCCAGAAUUCAUAAAGAAACAGAGAGAAGGCGGGUAUGACCUUGUGUCAGGCACCCGAUACAGAGGAGAUGGGGGCGUGUACGGAUGGGACCUGCGCAGGAAACUCAUCAGUCGGGGAGCGAACUAUGUCACACAGGUGCUGCUGAGACCUGGGGCAUCAGACCUGACUGGCAGCUUCAGGCUUUACAAGAAGGAGGUACUGGUGAGUCUGGUGGAGAGGUGUGUGUCCAAAGGCUACGUCUUUCAGAUGGAGAUGAUUGUCCGUGCUAGACAGCUGAACUACACCAUUGGAGAGGUUCCAAUUUCGUUUGUGGAUCGUGUUUAUGGGGAGUCUAAACUGGGAGGAAAUGAAAUAGUGUCGUUCCUGAAAGGACUGCUUACUCUAUUCGCGACAACAUGAUUUAUGAUGCUCUAGGUUUGGACUCGGCACUGCUUUUUAGUUUUUCAGUCAUGGCCUUCAAUGCAGUAAUGAACCUACAUCAAAAUCAGUAGCGUAGGACGCACCCCCACAGCACACGCGAGGCUGGGGCCCCCAAGCUUUUAGGGAGCAUCAAACAAACUUUUAUUUUGGUUGGGGAAGAUAGCAAGUGAACACUUCAUAAGCCAUGGCAAAAUGUUUAGAAUUACAGGAAAUUUGCUUUAAAACU